AUGGUGUGUGCUGGAGCUAUUUUCUCGAUGCAAUUGAAUGGGCUCACAAUAACCGAACAAUGGAACUUCGAUUCGUUGGGCGGUACUUUGUAUGCUUUAACAUCUGGAUGGACAACAGUGCCGGCUGAGGGAAUCUACAAUAGAUCUGGUGUCACUCUUAUGGGAGUCGGCUCGUUUAAUGUGGCUACUGUAAGCUGUAAAUUAUGC